UGGCUAAAUCUUAAUAAUGCAUAGGUUGUUCGCAGUAUAGAUUGAAAUAACGAUAUUUCAUUGAUAACGUGGACGAAUCGAUGUCAGAAAGGAAUAAUUUGGGAUUGUACAUUACAUGACCUACUGUAUCAAAUGACAAGAAACAUGACUUCAACUGUAUACUGCAACAGUAGAUGUCAAGGUAGAACAAAAGACAAUGGGUAUUCUAUUUCAAACGGAUGGUUUUCGAUGAAAAACUCAAGUUUAUCUAUUGUUCUUUGGACUGUAGUUUUACUAACAAUUAUACUCUUUGUUAACGUGUCAUUAUGCGCUGAUGGGAGUACAUAUACUAAGAAAACAACAAAGACAGUAUUGACUAGACCAGCCAUGAGAGUGUCUCGUCCCGCCGGACGACGAAGGAUUUAUAUACGUCCUCCUAUCAGAGUGCCUGUAAACCCAGGAUAUCGACGAGUGAUUUCAAGAAAACAACAAAUCAGACAGCGGAGACCAGAGAUAACGUCAACCGCCGAAAGUACAACCAGAAGCUCCUUUGUGUCAAAUUCAACAACAUCACCCACCACAGUUACAACGAUAGAACCAAUUUCUGUAGACGCUACUGAAACGACGCGGGCAACAACACGGGCAACAACAUCCACAUCUGCCCCCGAAACAAGUACUGUUCGACGUUAUACUGCCCAGCCGAUAUUAAGGCCAACCAACUUGAAUAUGAAUCAAAUGAGAAAAUCAACACGUCUGAGAAAUAUGUCAAUAAUGCAUGCAUUGAGGCGAAUGAAUAAAGACUUGGACUACAAUGAUCUAAUGAAGAAAUUGGAUUAUUUUAUGUCAUAUUAUCCGACUGUACGGGAAGCGGCAUCAAGACUCAGUAAUCUGUUAACGAAGCAUGAACAGACCAGUCGAGAGGAACGUAGACGAAUUUGGAAAGGUGUUUUCCGGGUCAAGUCCGAUCUUAGAACUGUGAAUACAAAGUGUGAUGCGAUGCACAGGAAUGUAACCGAAGUCAUGGCAAGAGUUAGAAGACGAGCCCAUGAAAUUGAAAGUUACAAGAAAACUGCCAAAAAGAAGAUAGAUCAAAUAGAAACUCACCAAGGAAGUCAGGACAAGCAAUACUUUGAAGUAUACGAGAAAUGCACAAAUAAUACCAAACAACUAGAACGAGUAGCGGCGGAUAUGGCAGUAUUGCUACCUCUUGUAGGCGGUAUGUUCGAGAAUAUAGAAAGAACCAAUUUACAAGAAAAACGUGCACUUGAAAUGCUGGACACCCACGCAAGAGGAAACAUAGCUGACAUGACAAACCAGAUACUCGUACAACAAAACACAUUGGCAAAUUUGGGUAACCAAGUUCGAUCGGAAAUGGACUCGUUGCAUAAAGAAAAACAAUCGAUGGCUAAACGCUUGGAACAACAUCAGAGGCGUCUUACAGAAACCGUGAACACUCACCUAACUGAACAUGUCAGACAAUUGAAUAAGAUAGAGGGUUCACUCAGCAGACAGGCAGAGAAUAUCAAGUACAUAACCUCCCUAGUCACCAAGCAUGAAGACAAAUUGGAAUCGACUGAAUCUAAAGGAAAGGUUUUUGAAGAUCAGGUUACCAACGUGACUCAAGGACUGGAGAAGAUGGAGGCAAACAUAUCGCGAUUCAUGCAAGACUAUCACAACACAAAAACAGGGUUAAACGAGACCAAACAAGAUAUCGGCAGAUUAGAAGAAAAUACAAAACAGCUUCUGUCGUCACUUAAUGGUCAGCAUAUAGUUCUCGGAGAAACAGUGGAACGAAUGAACUUUACCGAAGAGGCAAUACGAUCUGUGUCACAUGAACUUGACGCUUAUAAAGUGAAGACAGAUACUGAAACAGAACAAAUACGAGAUGACCUAGAUGAGGUUUUGGAUGUACAAAGAAUACACCGCCACAACCUGACUAAGCUUCUGAAAAAUCCAGGACAACAAAGGAGCAGUGGACUAAUUUCCCAAUAUCCAUCCGACGAACCAGCGCCUGAAUCCACAUCUGUGACACCAAAUGAACUACGGACACUUCUAACAGAGAUCGGAGUUGAAGACAGGAUGAGUCGACUGACACGGGUUCUACGUCAUCAACAGCAAAGAAUGUCAAACGUCACAAGGGCAGUCUUGAAAAUAGCAGAAGACAACGAAGCUAUAACUACGACGACGAGUCAUUACUUCACGUUAAUUAAUUCGCAGGCCAAAGUUAUCAAUGACCAGAACGAGACAAUCACGAAACUGGCUAUGAUUGCGGCGAAUCAAGGAGAUACAAUAAAAAGUCUUGGGACCGAGCUGGCACAUGGGCAAGAGACAGUCAUGAAACUAACAAAUAUAUUAGCAAAUAUAGCGACCCAGUUCAAAAGCCCUAUGGGAUCACAAAGAGAUUGUCAUGAUGUGUGGUUGAAUGGAAAUAGAAAAAGUGGAGUGUAUAAUGUUAUAGAAGACUUGAGUUUGCGACCAAUGUAUUGCAAUUUGACAGAAUAUGGAGGGUGGACUGUUAUUCAAAAAAGGAAAGACGGAUCUCAAGAUUUUGACAAAACGAUGGAAGAAUACAAGCGAGGAUUCGGAGAUGUAUAUGGAGAGUAUUGGCUGGGUUUAGAUACAAUCAAAAGUCUAACAAACAAGGUGCGAAUGAGCGUUGGUAUUCAAAUCAUUCUGGAAGACUGGGAAGGCAAUUUUAGAACUGCUACAUAUUCACAAUUUUAUGUGUAUGGAAAAUAUUACAGUUUGGUGGCAAGUGAACAUUCAGGAGAUAUUGGUGACUCACUGCUCCAAUCUAACGGAAUGCCAUUCAUGGUAAAGGAAGAAAAUGGUCAUGUUGGACCUUGCCCGAUAAGAAGAAAAGCAGGUUGGUGGUUUGCCACCCCUCAAGCAGAUUGUGGUGAAGCAAAUCUCAAUGGAGUAUAUCGAAAAGGGCCAGCGCAAGAUGCUCGAAUAUCAUCAACCAUAUUUUGGAAAGACUGGUUGGGUGUCGGUUACCCGUUGAAAAGUGCUACAAUGCAGAUAAUACCAUCAGAAGUGUUGAACAACCAUUUAAAAUCAAAACUAGAAGAAUUAAGUCCCAUAACCCCAGAACUUACUGAAGUUCAAAACGGUGAUUCAAGAGAUGGGAUAAAUCAAAACAAUUUAUUACAAAAUAACCCACAUGAAAGGGACAAAUUUGGUGAAUCGCAUUUGAAUCAUGAAAGAAAUUUAGAGCACCCACCAACCUAUGAAGAUGACCUUAAACGCUCUGGAAUAUUUGGACCUCAAGACUAUGAAAAUUUGGACUAUAACAUAAACAUACUCCUUAAUGAUGGCUGAGUAGAUAGUAGCAAAAAAUCAAAAAUUGUUCAGGUCAUUUCUGUGACUGAGAUGAUCUGAAUAUUAUCCACUAUUGGGAAAGAUGGAUGGACGCUGACCAUAGAAAAUCAAACAGAAAGGCCAUAUGUCCAAUGAUAAUGAAAUCUCAUAAGCCACCACACCUCAAAAUAAGUGAAUUUACUACACAAAAUUUUAGCCCAGAAGUCGAAAUGAAUGAUCUUGAUAUUAAAUAAAAAUCACAAUAUCUGAAUGUGGACGGUCAAUUUACAGGUUACAAUUUGCGCUGAAGAAUCAUUUCAGGUAUAAUGCCUAUAGUAUAAGAUUUGACAAGCCUGAAUUGGGAAACAAGUAGACAAAAAACAUUGAAACUGAAAAUUGAUAGAGUUACAAUAUUUCAUUUAAAAGUGAACUGAUAUUUAAGAGUUGGAUUUUGGUAGCCAAGUUUAUCUUAGUACAAUAUUGGUAAGUGAUGAUUUAUGAAUUACUGCGCAGGUCGCAGAGCAUCUAACACCAUUUGCAAUAACAUCAAUAUUUUUCAAUUUAUCUUUUCAUAGUUUGUUCAAGUAUUGAUAAAAUUCAUUGUUUUUACUAUCGGGUUACUGUAUAGCAGAAAUUGUCAUACGAAAUAAACUAUCACUAACACAUUUUCUAUGAUUUUGUACUUUUG